ACAAUGUAGCAAAGUGCUGAAUGUCAGCUGUGCCGGGGGUGAAAACAACAGCACCGUGCCCAGCUUCUCACUCAUCCGCCGCACUGUUCAAGUCGCUAACAGUUGUCGCUGUGUGCUCGGCGUGAUCGCAGUCAAGGGUAGAGGGACCUCCGUUCUUUGAAUUUGCCGUAUCUGAUAAUUUCUUCAGCAUAGCUCCUUCACAUUUCAGGGAUGCGAAAGCGGAAUAACUCCCUCACCGUGGACCAUGACAGCUCUGCCACGAACACGAUACUGGACACAAAUCCAAAUCUGAAAUACUGUCACAAGAAAGGAGAAGACUCAGAAUCAGAAGAUUUGUUGGCUUCUGUAGAUCCAGUUUCAGAUAAAAUAAUGGGAAGGUAUAGAAGGUUUGGCAUUAAGAGUAGGCUGAAGAGGAUCCUCCUGUUGGCGUUGGGAGUCUACAUUGCCAUCCCUUUCAUCAUCAAACUCUGCCCCUCCAUUCAGGCUAAACUAGUCUUUUUAAAUUUCGUGAGGGUGCCCUACUUCAUCGACCUGAAGAGGCCGCAGGACCAGGGCCUGAACCACACCUGCAACUUCUACCUGCAGCCCGAGGAGGCCGCCAACAUCGGCGUGUGGCACACAGUUCCGGCCCGGUUGUGGAGAGACGCCCAGGAGAAGGACCGGGCGUGGUAUGAUUCCGCCCUCAAGUCCCCCUACCCCGUCAUUCUGUACCUGCACGGCAAUGCUGGGUCCAGGGGGGGUGACCAUAGAGUUCAGCUUUAUAAGGUCCUGAGUUCAUUAGGCUACCAUGUAGUCACAUUUGAUUAUAGAGGAUGGGGUGACUCGGAGGGAAGCCCUUCAGAGAGAGGCAUGACCUCAGACGCCCUCUUCCUUUACCAUUGGCUGAAGGAGAGGAUUGGGAAGAAGCCCUUGUAUGUCUGGGGCCACUCAUUGGGCACAGGUGUGGCGACAAACCUGGUCCGGCAUCUGUCCGAUAGAGGCGCUCCACCAGAGGCCUUGAUCCUGGAGUCUCCCUUCACCAACAUCCGCGAGGAGGCGCAGAGCCAUCCCCUCACCAUGGUCUACCGGCUCCUGCCCGGAUUUGAUUGGUUCUUCCUGGACACCAUAACGGUCAACGACAUCCGGUUUGCGAGCGAUGAAAAUAUGGGUCACAUCUCCUGCCCUGUGCUUAUCCUCCACGCUGAGGACGACACCGUGGUGCCCUUCCACCUGGGGAAGAAGCUGUACAGCAUCGCCGCUCAGUCCCAGAGCCUCACUGGACACAAGGUGCAGUUCAUCCCCUUCCCCGGGAACCUGGGGUACAAGCACAAGCUCAUUUACAGCAGCCCUGAGCUCCCUCACAUACUGAGUGACUUCCUUGGCACAGCCCACCCCCAUGAAUAACCAAACACUCCAAACAUACAUACACACACACACACACACACACACACACACACACACACACACACACACACACACAUAUACUGACUAUUAUCUACACAUAUUCAUUCUCUCCAUCUCUCUCAGACAGAUACACACACACACACACACACACAAACGCACGCACACUCAAACGGAGUGAAGACCUUCCAUUCCUUUUUUUUUUUUUUUUUUUUUUUACCCUUCCUUUGGAAAUUCUGAUACAGUUCGGUGAAGAAAGUAGACUGAGCGAGAGUGCGCACCGAAUGCGCCUGGUCGGCACGGUUACGGCGUGGAAGGGGCGCUUGAGCGCAGAGCACUUUAAGCGUGCACUAAAGAGGCGACACACCCUCACGGAGCGAGAAGGAAGGGUGGAUGGAGCCUGAAGUUUUAACUGCACGACGCACCGAGGAGAAGUGCUCCCCUUCCCCCUGGUGUCAUAACAGUUCCACUUCCAAACCUGAGACUGCCCGGGGGACCAUUCUGAACCAGUCAACAGCACCCUGAAUGAGUGGGAGAGAGGUGGCAGUUAUUUUAUUUAUUUUCUUUCUUCCUCUUUUUGUUUUUCCCUCAGAGGUUGGUCUCAGUCUUUUAGACUUGCGACUGGUUCACAUUUCGGGGUCAGGAGAGGAUUGGCCGAAGUGAUUUUUUCGACUGACUGGUGUUCCAAGCCCGCGUUGUGUUCCUGAUCCACAGACCUUGAAUGCUAGCCGCCAUCUUAUGGACCUUAUUUCUUAUUUCUGGGGGGGGGGCGCAUUGUUUCCACGUUUUUGUUUAAUCCGAGCUCAUAAUCAUGAUUAACGUUUAACCGAGGACAUGCACAACCCAAGUACAACACCCUGGCCUGUGUUCCUAAUGAGACCUGAAACUACUCUACCCAUGUGAUGCUAUAUUAGUCACGCCCUCUCUUUAGUGGACCCUGGGGAUAUAUAUAUAUAUGUACACCUGAGUUAUUUAAAUAACUUCAAUCAUUUCACAGCACUACUGUCUGUGUGCGGAAUAUGAAAAAUAACAUGGCUCUCUAGCACUGAUACUAGUGAUAAUAUGUUUUAUUAUUUUAAUGUAACGUCUAAGGAGGCAGCUGUGAAAUGAGCAGUGCCUGUGAAAAGGCUCUUUCGGUGUGUGAGUAACGCUGGGACGGGCCUCGGUAGCGGGCGAUGGCGGCUGCCCUGGAGACACCUCGUGGCGUUUAGUAGGAAGCAGCUGCAGACGCUUUUGAAAGGAGAAAGCUCGUCCCAAAGCGCACCCCCCUAAAAAGAUAUGGGAGAGGCUCAAAUCUGGACAGAGAGGCUGAAAUCUGGACAGAUAUACUCAAAUCUGGACAGAGAGGCUGAAAUCUGGCCCUCAAGCAAUACUGUUGGGUGUGCAAUACUAGUUUUUAGUUCACCUGGGAAAAAUGUGUUUGAUUGGACCAAGAGAAAAUGACUGGAAGAAGAACAUAGAAUUGGACCCACAUUGUGGGGCUGGGGAGGUCUCUAGAUCAGGGUCUUGGCACAUUGAAAGCUGCUUGGAAGGUGGAGCCCCACUGGGUCUUCAGUCCGUGUCUUUUGCUUUGAUAGUUGGGGUUGACUCCUUCGUAUCCCCCCAUGAAUUUGGUGGAUUCAGCUGGAAAUCAAAGCAGACAUCUGAGGGCCUGGACUGAAGAGCUUCGUCAGAGUGUCUCCAUUUCUCUCCAAAGCUUCAACUUCAGUGUGCCGUCUUUAAUACAGGGUUCGGGCAGUGACUAGCAAGUGGUGAAAAUAUACAUCACGUGAAGGCUCUUCUCUGCCUCUUUAAGUGUUGAAAACCUGUGAACACAAUUUACUAAUCUGCUCCGUUUAGUUAACUGGACUGGUCUCUGUUCCCACUCUACUGGUUUCUCUCUGUACGACAGGGAAAGCAUUGUUACUUUGCCAGACAUGUAAGGUGACCGAUGACAAAUAUUAAUUCUGAUGUGGUUCAGGUGUGUCUCUCAGACACACCUUACGUACACAUACUGUCAGUGUCACGUGUUCUGUUACUGUCGGUAAAGUUGAUGCACAUUUGGGUUCAUCGGUUUCAGAAUGAGAAUCCCAGUUAUAUAGACCUGUGUAUUUAACCGCAUGUCCAAGAAUAUGAAGUAGAUUCUUAACCAGGUUAUCUCAGAGAAAUACAUAUACUUGUAUAAAGUAUAGUGUGUACCAAGUUAGAGUACGUUAUAUCUAUGACUGGCGGUUGUGAACUGCACAAACAUACUUUAUUUAGUAUAACCACGAUGGACUUGAGUUUGACUUUGUUUUUCUUCUCACUGUCAUUGUAAUGCUUUAUAGUGCUUAAUUUUG